AUGAUUUUUCAAGCAAUUUUUGAUUGUAUGGGCUUUAGCGGGUGGCUCUUGUUUGGUUUUGUGUUGUUACUUUUGACUGAUGUGGUGAGGAACUGGAAGCCUCACAACUUUCCACCUGGACCCUCGGCUGUGCCUUUUCUGGGAAAUAUCUUUACUGGAGUUGACUUCAAAACAAUGGAGAAGCUGGCUCAGGAGUACGGCCCCGUGUUUAGCUUGAGGAGAGGCAGUGAGAGGAUGGUGUUUAUUUCAGGAUACAAGAUGGUCAGAGAGGCUCUUGUCAACCAGCUGGACAGCUUUGUUGAUCGACCUAUCGUUCCUCUUUUCCAUGUUGUCUUUAAGGGCCUCGGCUUAGCUUUGAGCAGUGGUUACCUGUGGAAGAAACAGAGGAAGUUUGCCAACAGUCACCUGCGUUACUUUGGAGAGGGCCAGAAAUCGUUGGAAAGAUAUAUUGAAGUUGAAAGCAACUUUCUUUGUGAAGCGUUCAAAGAGGAACAAGGAAGACCAUUCAACCCCCACUACACCUUAACCAAUGCAGUGAGUAACAUCAUCUCCUCUGUGGUCUUCGGACAUCGCUUUGAAUACAGCGAUCAAAGCUUUCGCAAGUUUCUGGAAUUAGACAACGAGGCCAUUGUGCUCGCUGGCUCUCCUCGGACUCAGCUGUAUGAUGCCUUCCCUGGUUUGAUGAAGUACCUGCCAGGACCUCACCAGACUGUCCACAGAAACUACAAAGAGCUGACAACGUUCCUGAGAAAGGAAAUAGAGAAGCACCAGGAGGAGUGGAACCCUGAUGACCCUCGCGAUUACAUCGAUGUUUACCUGCAAGAGAUGGAGAAGAAAAAAGAAGAUCCUCAGGCUGGCUUCAGCAUCGAAACCCUGCUGAUAUGCACCCUCGACCUGAUGGAGGCUGGGACAGAAACGACUGCCACCACUCUACGCUGGGCGCUCGCGUACAUGAUACACUACCCAGAGAUUCAGAAGAAAGUCCAGGAAGAGAUAGACAGAGUGAUUGGACAGUCUCGUCAGCCCACCAUGGCCGACAGACCCAACAUGCCCUACAGUGACGCUGUCAUCCAUGAGAUUCAAAGGACAGGAAAUAUUGUUCCAUUGGGAUUCCCCAAAAUGGCCAGCAAAGACACUACACUGGCAGGAUACUUCAUACCCAAGGGCACAGCUAUUACUACAAUACUAUCUUCUGUGCUGUUUGAUAAGAAUGAGUGGGAGACGCCCGAUACCUUCAAUCCCGAGCAUUUCUUGGAUUCAAAGGGCCAGUUCCGCAGGAGAGAUGCCUUCUUGCCAUUUUCAGCAGGUAAACGUAUGUGUUUAGGGGAGAACCUGGCCAAAAUGGAGCUCUUCCUUUUCUUUACAUCUCUCCUCCAACGCUUCACCUUCUGUCCCGUUCCCGGAGAAAUGCCCAGCUUGGAGGGUGUUCUGGGCUUCACCCACUCCCCAGCCAUAUUCAGGAUGCUAGCCAUACCUCGCUGAUUUUCUCCACCUCUUCAGUUAUUCCCAUCCCAACCAUAAAACCAGCACAGAUGAGUGGGAUCUCCACAUUCUUUUUGUGACCACAAAAUCAAAGAUCCUGGAACUUAGAAGCAGUAGAGAAUAUUAAAAGCCCAUCAUCUUUUGUGAAGUAAUAACGAAAUGACUGUAUAGCCAACCUGCAACUGAAAAAUUAUUUGCAUAAUAUGCUAUUUGAACAUUUUACUUUUUAUCAAGAUUCAGUUUAGCUUUACAAACAUUAAGUCACAGGAGUGUGGACUAGUCUGGUUACCUUUAGUUUGAUUGUUACAGGUAAUUAAAGCUCUUUUGUCAGUCCACCCACAGCAAUAUUUUCACUUAUUGUGCCUGUGUAACUCUCUUCUGUGUUCCACUUAAAACUCCCCUUUUAGUUUUGUUGCACAGACUACUAACCCAGCCUCACUACAAAUGUUACAGUUAUAUAUAUAUAACAAAACUACUCUACAAUAUACAUGUACAGAUGCAUUAACUAUUACUGGCGUGACAAGCUUUUGCUUUUAUGACACUGUAAAAUUAACAUAUAACAUUCAUAAACUGUUUAUCCAUUAAGUGUUACAUAAGGUAAUAAGCUUUUAUUGGCUUCAUCAUUUAUCAGUAUUGAACCUCAAUAGUUCAUGGUAUAUUGUCCAUUAAUAUUUCCAUUACAUCAGGAUGAGUUACGCAUUAGCUGCACAUUAAUUAAGCACUGGUUCUGUUUUCUGAAGGUUUUACCC